CAUUUUAUACCAUUAUCGAGUAGAGCAAAUAAAACUGGUUAUAAUCGACAUAAACAUCUGGUUGGAUUUGGUGCAUCCCUAGAUAAAUCAUAUUUUAAACUUAAAUUCAUUCAUGUUCUAAAUUUUGGUCUCACAUAUUGUCCAAAUGGUGAUCUUCUUCAACAUAUCACAGAUGCUGGUCAUUUUAAUGAAGAAACUGUACGAUUUUAUGCUGCAGAAUUCGUUGAAGCACUUGAACAAUUACAAAAUCGACAUAUAGUUCAUCGUGAUCUCAAGCCAGAAAAUAUACUUUUAACUGAUGAUAUGCAUAUUCAAUUAACUGAUUUUGGUUCUGGUGUAAUUAUUGACAAUAAUCAAUCUCCUUCUCAAUUAGAUAAUAGCAAAGAUGUAGAUGAAGACAAAAAAUUAUUAAAACGUAAUUCAUUUGUUGGUACUGCUCAAUUUGUAGCACCAGAAAUACUUAAACGUGGUGCUAUUCAUUUUGGAUCUGAUUUGUGGUCAUUAGGUUGUAUUAUUUAUCAAAUGGCUACGGGUAAACAUUUAUUUCGUGGCCAUCAUGAAUAUGAUAUUUACAAUGCUGUUGUACGAGUUUCUUAUAAGUUAUCAGAUGAUUUGCCUAAACUUCUGGGUGAUCUAGUUCAAAAGCUUGUUCGUCUUGAACCAAAUGAACGACUUGGCAGUGAAGAAACAGGUGGUAUGAAAAAACUUAAAGAACAUCCAUUCUUUAGUGAAUUUUCUUAUGAUACGAGAUGGGGUCAUUUAUUAAAUCAACAAUCACCACUUGAAGCAAAAGUGAAACUUAGCUCGAGACCACAACUUAGUGAUGAUGAGGUAAAUAUUUAAAUAAGAACAUACAAAGCAUUUAAAUCCCGCCACAAAUUAACAGACCAUAGCUUUCUAUUGUAGAUUAGGUUUUUUUUUCACUAGAAAAAAUAGUAGUUUUCUUUAAUGGUAUUUUACUCAAAAAUUGGUGUUUUUAGGUGCUAAAAUCCGUUACAUUUUCAAAAAAGAGUUUUGGACAAUCCAUGAUCUUCUAAUAUAGGAUGACCUUUUAUUCUGGAGAGAAGAUAUUAAGAGCGUUUUAAUAAUUGAAAAAACUUUAGUAAUGAAACUAAUUAGCAAUUUUUUCGUAGUUGAAUAUUGAAACCAUUAGCUUGUAUGAUUGAAGAAAAAUCUCUAUUGAAAGAGAUUUCUAUACUGAUUAUGAUUAUUUAAAUCUUUUUGCUAUUUGAUAGUUCGUAGAUUAGAAAAAAAAGGUUGAUUAGUUAGACUAAAUUUCAUAAGAGUAAUUGUUCAAAAUUCUAAUGUAAGCUAAUUCAUUGAUUUGAUAAAUAUUUCUAUUUAAUUCAUUUCAACUCAAAUAUAAAUACAAGAGAUUGUUUAUAAAAAUUAAAUAUAAAAUCUGCGUUAUUGAUUACUUCAUGGGAUAUAUUGAAUAGAGACGAAUUAUAAACAAAUAAAAAUAUAUCAAAAAGUACUGGCUAAAAAUAUAAGAUCAAUGUAUGUUUGAUUUUUUUUUGUUACAAUACCUAGCAUAUAACUUAAAUCCAAAUAGUGGUUUGGAUAGCCAAUGAAGUUCUCUAUCAAAUGCAUGCAUUAUCGAAAUUUCAUAGGUUAAUUACGAGAGAGAAAGGUUUCUGAAAAUUGAAACACGGUAGUUUUCAGGUCUUAUAAAACUGUGUAAAAAUUAGCUUUUAAGAGUACCAUCUUUAAGAGCACAAAAUCCAAAAUAAAAUGAGGAAUUGCCGCAUUUUCUACGAAUUUCCUGUGAAAGGUUAUAAGCAUUUUAAAAAAAAAUGAAAUUUAUCACAGCAUUACUGAAAAACGCAUAUUUUGUGUUUUUUAUGAUGGUUAUAGCUUUUUACGGGAAGAUCAUGAAAAAUGCGGUAAUUUCUCAUUUUCUUCAGAAUUUCGCGCUCUUUAGGUUGAUACACAUAAAAUCUAAUUUUCACAUAGUCUUCUAGGACCUGAAAACUAAUGUAUUUGAUUUUUCAGAAACCUUUCUCUCAUAAUGCAUUUAUGAAAUUUCGGUAUUGGAAUGCAUUUCAUAGAAGCCUUUAUUGGCUAUCUAAAUCACUAUGUGGAUUGAAGUUAAAUAUUUGGUAUCAUAGAAAAAGAAUAAAAAACACGUUGGCCUUAUAUUUUGGGCCAAUACUGGAAACUAUGCAGUCAUUUGAUUAUAUGUAUAAUUUUGUAAGGUCUAUUUUUAGACAUAUCGAUAACAUUAAUAUUAUUGCCGUUUUCAAAAAGCAAUGGAUGUGGCUAUUUUUCGAAUAAAUAGAGAAUAACGAAAUUUCAUUGAUCAGUACUCUAUCAAUCAGGUGAGUUCUUAACAGAGAUUGUAA